UGUUUACCGAGAAAAUGGCGGACAUUUUGAUGUAACAGGGAGCAAAGCAACAUUGCACGUCCUUUCGGGCGCUUUUACUUUGCAAAAUGACCGACAUACUGUGUCGGUGGCUUAACGAAGAUGUUAGGCUGAGUAGAAUUAUAGGUAAGAUCCUUGUUCUGUUGCUAUAAAGUGUAUAUACGAAAGUAAAUUGACUUCGCCCAUGGUGAGCUUCAUUUUGUUAUUUUAUUUUUCACCCAUCCCUAAAUCCAGGUAUUUUUGUUCAUUUAUCGAAAGUUAUUGCAAUCGGAGUUUAAAAGAUAAAGCCAGUUGUGAAUGGAAAUAUCUUGACUUAUAAUCAAUCCAGCUGAUCAUUCCAAAUGUCAAGGCUACCCUUUUGAAUUAGCUUAUUUCUUUUGACAUAAGCUUAUUCUAUAUUUCCCAUACCAACGUUUUUAUUUCACGCCUGCUUGCCUCCCUCUUAAGUUUGCGUCAAAAACUGUGAUAAGUUGCUUAGCAAUAAAAAGAGACCUACAUGGAGCGUUUCUCUUCUUUUAGAUCCAACAAACAUUGCUAAAGAGUUCUCUACCGGAUACUUGCUUGGAGAGCUACUGAACAGACAUGGCUUACAAGAGGACUUUUCAAUGUUCUCUCAGAAUACGUAAGUAUAAAAAAAUGGUGCAUCAUUACACUGGCAAAUGUAAAAUUAUAUUAUUUCCAUCACUACUGUAUCAAUGGUUAAGAGUUCUUAUUCGCAUACAUGACUAAUGUAACCUGCACGACAGGUGGAACAAAACUUCUAGUUAGGUCCAUUUUCGAAAAAGAACAAAUCUUAUUCUGUCACUGUGCCCCACCUGUGUACCAGGAUUUGAGUGUGUGUAAGGAUUGGCCUGCUAAUUUGCCCAUCAGGUCUAAGGGAAAUUUGAAACGCAUUCAGUAAUUUGUUGAGCCUGUUGGGAGCCCUUGACAAGGAUUUCGACACUGCUUCACAGACAUUAAUUAACCAUGGUUUAGAUUACGCCUGCCACACAGGCUAGACUAAUGUGGUGAAAUUUUUUGUAGCACUUCUGAUUCCAAGCUUCAUAAUUUCACACGACUGGAACCCACCUUAAAACUGCUGGAAGUACCUUAUGAUACCAAUGUGGUAAGUUAAUGGUUUUUUUUUCAUUUCAGCAUUUCGUUUUUUUUUGUGUGUAAAAGUUAUUGAUAAUGCCAGCCAAAAUCUAAAAAUAAGAGUAAUAUUUGUUGAUCAGUCAAUCAUUAAAAUCUUUUUUCUCGCUUUACUACAUUGACUGAUUCCCGACAGGUGUCAAGCCAAUUCUCUUUUGGAAAUCAUUUUUUAGGUGCCUCUGCCAUUUAGACUAAGUAUCUAGGGAAACCUUGUGAUGAGUAAGAUCACAUAGUAUGGUGAAGAAUGACAUGCAUUACAUUAGAUUAGUUAUACACGAACUGAUAGGAUAAACUAUGCUAUGCAGGGUUUGCAAACUAGAAGCAUCACAAAUUUUUCAUUUUGAAUAUUUGGAAUGCACAACAGACACCAAUAAUAAAACAAAAGAAAAUAAAAUUAAACCAAGUUCCAGGGCUAAAGGGAUACACAAAUGUCUCAGGUCCUAUGAUGGCUGUUUUUGAUUGUAAUUCACCCUCUUCCUGUUUUCUGAGCACUAUAAUUCUUUUUUUUUGAUUUAAAUGGUUUACAAAUAAUUAUUAAUGUAAAUUGUAUUUGUUGCAAAAAACAGACAAAACUAUAUUGCAAAAAGUCGAAAGUUUGUCCAUCAGUGGUGACUGGCUGUAUACAUAAAGUUAUCAUUUUGUAAGACAGACAUUAUCUUGUUCUGUUUUGUAGGCUUUCGUAAAAUGGACACCUCUAUAAAUGAAUGAGAAUCACAGUGCUAUCACAAGACUUAUGUACCAGCUGUUCAUAUCACUAGGGAAAAAGUCUGUAAGUAACAUUGUAUAAAGAUGGUGAUAGAGAGCUGAAAGAGUACAUUGAAUGGAAUGAAAGCAAGGCUUCUUAGAAUAGCAUUACUAGCUGUGCACAUAUCAAUUUUGUGAAUUAAUUAUUGUGAUAGGCCUUUUCUGAGUUGCCGCAUGCCUCUGUUUCAAAGCGAGGCUAAGUAUGAAGCCACUGAUAUGAAAAUUAUUUCUUUUUUUCUUGUGCAAAUAAAACUCUUUUUCAUAAGAAAGGUUUUCCACUGAGCCUCGUUUUGAAAGUAAGAGUUUUUGGAACUUGGAAAUAGCCGAUUCCUUACUGAUUGGUUAAUAGUAUUUUUUUCUUCUCACAACAGAAAGCGGGAUUGACUGGAGUUGCCAUGGAAACUAUGAGACCAAGUGGUCCAGUGAAGCUUGAAAGCAUUGAGAGUGGUCUUUAUAAAGAGGUCAGUGCAAAAAACUUAGAUGUGGUUAAGUGAAAUUUAGGCAACUGAGGUUAAUCUCAACCAAUGAAGCCAGCAAUCUCUUCCUAUGGUGUAAGUGACCUGCGGGUGGUUGCAAGGGUCCUUUGUGUGUCAUGUGAUCUUAUUGCAUUUGCUUCAUUUGCUGUUUGUUGUGGAGCACUUGCCUUGCUUUGUCUGCGAAUCUUUGUGGCACAGUGUUGCCAUGGCUACCCCCUGCUGCAUCUGAUUUGUCUUGUCUCCCAGCCAACUUUUAAGCAAGCUCAUCCUUACUGAUGAGUUUGACUGUGGAUUUUAGGCUGGGCACACUAAAGCGUACAAUAAUAUUUUCUGUCAUGAAUUUAUUUUCCUCUUUUUUAUGCUUUGUCUUGUAUCAAAGAAUCAAUUCAACCCUCACUUGUUACAUUGUUUUUGGAUGCAUUUCUUGAUGAAUCUUUUAAAUCUUGGAGAAUAGUUUUACAUAUUAAAAAAGUGGUUACUAGGAUUGUGCAAAAAGCACCAAAGUUUACAUUUACUUUGUCUUACUUAGUAAGCUUAAAGGCAGUUGGCGAUUAAAAGAACAGUGCUAAUGUUUUGCAGAAAAUGUAUAACAAUAAUACAGUAUUUUGUAAACUGUUUAACAUGGUGUGUAGUAAAUUUAAAAUGUUAAAUUUUUCAACAUAUUAAUUUUAGUCGAUGAAAUCAACAACAAAAAGUUAGGCAAAUAAUGUUCAAGAAAGCAAUUCUUUGGAAUUUACUUAUUAUAUAUGUUAAAUCUCCAUCUCUCACAAUGCCCAUAGUCAAGUCACUUUUUAGUGUCACUAAACCAACUCAGUUUUUUGUCUGUUUACCUUAGAAAAUUCCCCUGAAACAAGACAGCCUUGAUGAGACAUCUGUUGAAAGUUUUGUGCGUGAAGUCACAAUCAAAGAACUCCAUGAGCAAAUUAGUAACUUGGCUGUUGAUGUUGUGAGAGAUUUGCAAGAAAUCUCCUUUGAUGUAGUCCAUGAUAUGAAGACUGUUGUUUCUCAAGUCCGCGAACUCAGACAUGAUAAAGAAUUCAAAAAGUACGCUAGGCAUGUCAUGAAAGAUGUAUUAAUUACAUCAAGGAUUGUCAUGGAUUUUGUUAAUGAUCUCGAUAACAUAAUUCAACUUCUUAAAAGUCAGUUUUCAAAGGCUAAAAGGUAGAAUAAUUGUCUUUUUAAGGCAUUGCUUAGAGACUUAAAAGAUAUUAUUAUUUUGUACGUAAGGAAGUAGCCAAUUUAUUUAACUCUACAAAUAUUUUGAUUCAAAUCUGGUAUUCAAUGACCUGUUAAGUCUCUUUAUUUAAAGGUUCUUUCUGUUUUUUUGUAUCUUAAAAAAUAAUAACAAAUUUACAUACUUGUACAUAUAAGUGUUAAAAAUAAAGGAAGCAGAAAUGUUUGUUAGGAUGCUGAAGCCGAAACUGUUCACGCAUCUGAUGCCAAAUAAAGACGACUUUGCAACCUAAAUUCAGAAAACUGCUGUUAGUUUUCUAUCAAAGCCAUGUAGACAUUGUGCUUCAGUUAAGAAAAUAGUGUUGAAGCAUUUUCUGAAGUCCAGCCUUAGACGUUGUAAAACCAUGACACCAUUGACCUUAGAUAAUUGUCAGGAUUAAACUAAGUGUAUCUUUUCUCUUUUCACGUUAAUGGUAAUUAAAGUACAAUGUAGAUGGGAGUCCCUGAAUUUGACAGCCUAAUAGCUGUUUUGGUGGGUUGACUCGACCUGACCGCACACUGUAAUUUUUGCCUUUCCCAGGGUGGCUCGGAAAAUCGAGAUUUCACCGUACUUUAAAAUUCAUACUCUGUGACAAGACAUGUGUCCCUCAAUUGCUAACUCGCUUCGCAGACUUGGAGUGCUACUUUUGUUCUGACUGCCCCGCCUCUGAAUGAAGCAUUUACAUCUUGAACUUCAAGGCAGCUUGAGUUCUAACAUGCUGUCAGGUUUAUUUUUCAGGGAAAGCGCGAAAGUCGGCGGUCGGAGAAAAGGGGAAAAAAGAACGGCAUCCUUUUCCCCUCGUGUCCCAAACAAAAUGGAAGUUACUACUGACUUUCAAGUGGUGUACCUAACUGUACAUCGCAUACCACAGUACUCUCAAUGGGGUACUGUUAAGUCAACCAAAUCAUUGUUCUGGCCAACCUGGCCAAUUAUAACAAGCGCAAACAAUUAAAUGAACCAAUCAAAAUUGGAAACGGAGACACUAUUUUUUAAAUUAAGUGAAGUGAAAAGCGCGGGGAAAAAAGCCGCGGGCAGCGAGUUUUGGAUUUGCUUCUUAUUGGUUAAGAGGUUACCCUGGUCCCAGAGAACGGUGCAAGAGUUUUUAAAAUAUCCCAUUGUGUAAAAAGCGAAGGAGAAAAAAAAUUAGGAAAAUAAACUUUUAGCAUUCAAUUGAAGACCGUUCACGACAGUCUGUGUGUGUGGACAAUUACGUUGUCUGUCGUUUUGAUCCACGAGUCAAUAAAGAAAACAUAUAUUUCGAGUCUGUAUUUAACCAUUUAAAUGACAUGAAACCUCAAUCUGUAAUGCUACUUUCGCUUGUUGCUAUUUGUGUUUCAGUAUUUUACGAACGAUUUUGCUUGAAUGUCUUUGCGUGUCCUUUUUGUGUAUUAAAGGGGUUAAACGCCUUCAUUAUCAACAAUCAAGGACUUAUAAGCUUCACUGUCAUUGUCUAUCACAGAGACUGAAGCAGCUGACCAAACGCCAGGUGGAUCUGAAUUUUGAACAGCUUGUUCAAAGAUAUCAAGCCAAGCAAAAAGAACAGGAGGAGAAAGCUUUUAAAGCAAAGUAUGCCUUACGCUUGUCAGAUUUGUCACUUCACUUACUGGAAAUGUGUAGCGAAUAGCUAAACAAAUAGUAGUUUGCACCAUCCAAUAUUUAUGAAUCCCUUACUUACAUGCUGCCCGCUAUGUAGCCUUUGUUGCCACAGAGCUGUUAUCUUUGUUCUGCUUUUUGAGAAAAUGAUGCCGUGCUCUGCCAGACAUCUUUACGUUAAUUCAGUUUCAUCGGUCUUGCUCAGAUGUUGAUUAUUCCCCUACAAUUCCACAUCAUUCAACAAAGUAGCUCAUUUAGUUUUUUACUGUUGGAUGUGUAAGAACUCUGUUAUUCCGUCCUUGUAUGCGAGUCCUUGUAAGGGAGCCCAUGGUUUUUAAACGCUUUCUGUCGGUUGACUAGACUGCAAAACGAUCGUUUUUGCAAGGCGCGAAACGCCGGCGUCACGUGAUUUUUUCGCGCGAAGCGCGUGUGGACGUGUGUGGUCACUCUCCUUUUUCACUCCCACUUUAGACCUUUCGUUUAACCGCUCGCGUGCGCGUUCUUACCCUAGGCAAAAAUACGGGCUGUUUUGCAGUCUAUCGAUUGAGAGAGUUUACGAGUUGAUUUUUUACGUUUAUGGGUCAUUUGAUACAGCGCUCUAGUUUCGUUAGGAAUUAGCCCUCUUUUCUUCACAAUGACAUUGGUUCUGUACGGGAUUUACAAUUUGAAGCGGAGCAUUGGUUGGUGCGCGGCCUCAAAUCCUUGUUUUGACUUCACUCCUUUCCCUGUAGCUUUAAGUUGCUUUAAAUACCCAUAAAACUGAGCUUUGAUGGAGGGAGAGGGUAAAUGAGCCGCACCCUUCGGUAGCCUGCGAGCAAGCUCUCAGGAGCGCUCUUUUCCCGCCUCAUUUUCGUCAGUAAUGUUACGAGUAACCGAAGUAAAUUAAGGACCUUCAGUACCUUUUUUAAGAACCCUUCCCACUUUCUUAGGUUUCAUGAAGAGGAAAGAAUGAGGAAGUAUCUGCAAGGUCAAAGACAACAAGGCUUAGAUAAGGUACUGCUGAGUGUCCUGCCUUGGAUAUUGUAUCUUGUUACGUUGUAAGACAGGAUGGAGAAGCCAAGUAGUAUGGUCUAGAAAAGGGUUUUUUUACCAGGAAACUGACUGGGGAUAUUGAGAAAUCUAGUUAAGCUGAAAUAGGUGUGCUCUCAAGUGGGUUAUCAGUUCGAGUUUGUGCGCCAAAAAACUCGAGCAGCUUAAAAGUUUCGCAAAUUUACUGGCCUCCAUCUCAAGGAGCUGAUUAGUUGAAACAGGGAAAAGAAUAAAUAGAAUUAAUGUACACGAGGAAGUAGAUACUGAAAAGUGCAUGAUAUAAAGCCAGCUUUAUCGCUGGAAUUACCGUAUUUAUUCGAAUAAGCGCCCAACCUUGAAUUAGCGCCCACCUCGAAUAAGCGCCCAUCCUAAAAACAGGAAAAGAAUAAAUGAGUUAAUAAAUUUAAUGACUUGCACGAGGACGGAGUUUUCUUAGAAACCUUGCUUUGUUAGUUCUUCGCGUUUUGUUAUUAGCAUUUAUUGUUUUGUUGCAAAAUACACAUACUUCACUUGCUGAAAAUGGUGAAAAUUUAAUAAGCGCCCAGCCUCGAAUAAGCGCCCACCUCGAAUAAGCGCCCACUCUCAAGGUCCAAAAAUUUAAUAAGCGCCCAGGGCGGUUAAUCGAAUAAAUACGGUAGUCCUCUUUUGUGAUAACUGCAAACAAAAGGAAAGCUAUAAACUGCAUGCAUCCAACGCGCGCAAGCAUUAAUCCACUCCUGUAAGCUGGCAUUGUUAAUUUUGGUCAGUUAAAGUUAGAUUCGUUUUAAAAUACUUUAUUUGUUUUUGUUAUUUUUUUAGUCGCGACAGAUGAAGCAGAAACAGCUUGAGAUGAUGGGGAAAAUAAGGUAACAAAACAUCAAAUGUUUUCAAAUUGUUAUGUAUACUGUUAUUUUGGCGUAAAACGCAGUUCCGUCCUACCCUGCGAGCAGAGGUUUCAAUUCUCUCUUGCAUGGCUUUUAGCGUUUACGAAGUCAUUCGCGUGACUUUUCUGUCCUCGUACGGGGCGUAAACAAACUAACCACGCGACAGACAAGCGCAUGGUAGUUCCUUCCUUAACUUCGUACAAAUUCCCUUUUCACAAUUGGCCUUGUAACGUUGAGGAAAUAUUUGAGACUGAACUUUCUGUUUUUCUACUUUGUUACACAGGGAUGCAAGUGUUAAGAUUCCUAAACCACCAGACUCUAAGGUAAGGUAACCAGACUUUUUUUACCUUUUUGCCCACCGGGGGCGGAGGAGGAUUGUCGGGCGGGAGGGGAGGGCGGAGGAAAUCGAUUUUUUUUUAUUUUUUUUUAUUUU